AGGACAUUCCGAAUAGUGGUGCUUGGCCAAAUUUUAUCAUUGUGCCUUUGUGGGACCGGUGUUACAAGUCAGUUAUUGACUGAUCAUAAUGUGAACACUCCUGCCGCGCAAAGUUUUUUGAACUAUUUUUUCUUGUGUUCAUUUUACGGAACGAUCUUGGUGUUCAAAACUGGUGAUAACUCGUUAUUACCAGUUAUUAGGAAAAGAGGAUGGAAAUAUUUUGUGUUGUCGCUGAUCGAUGUUGAAGCGAAUUAUUUCAUUGUUUACGCAUAUCAAUUCACUAAUUUAACAAGCAUUCAGCUGUUAGAUUGUUCGACCAUUCCAAUGGUGCUAUUAUUGUCGUGGUUGUUCUUAUCAGUACGUUACCUCUUAACCCAUAUCGUUGGUGUGUGCAUAUGCCUCGUCGGAAUUGCCAUACUUAUUUGGGCGGAUGUCCUCGAGGGUAAGGGAAUACCUGGAGGAUCGAAUCGUUUACUUGGUGAUAUAUUUUGUGUGAUAGGCUCAUUACUGUAUGCGACUGGCAAUGUCGGUGAAGAGUUCUUCAUAAAACAAACCAGUCGGACUGAAUAUUUGGGUAUGAUUGGACUGUUCGGUUCAAUCAUUUCUGGCAUUCAGUUAGCCGCACUGGAACAUAAUGAACUAGCCAGGGUUCGUUGGUCAGGUGCCAUCAUUGGGCUGUACCUCCUGUUUGCUGCCUCAAUGUUCGUGUUCUACUCGUUGGUUGCUGUUGUCAUGCAAAAAGCAUCAGCAUUAAUGUUCAAUCUUUCCAUUUUAACUGCCGACUUCUACACUCUCCUCUUUGGUUUAUUCUUCUUCAAAUAUGAGUUUCAUGCAUUGUAUUUCGUCUCAUUCGCGGUCGUCGUAAGCGGCUCAAUAUUGUAUUCGUUGAGACCGACACAACGACGAGAUUCCGAAGAGCCACGACGUGUAUGUCCAUGUUGUUUUUGGUGUUUGUAUUGGUGUUGUGGUUGUUGUUGUUGUAACAGUUGCUUUGAACAGAACGGUAGCAGUCGAGGAUCGCUGGAUGUAGGUUUCGAUGAUGUGACCCCGAUGCCGCCAGCUUCAGCUGGCAGUACGUUGCCGAACAGCACUUCACCGAUUCCGUUGGAAUUGGCCAUGUAUAUGCAGAGAUUCGGUGGUGGGGUGCCUGGGGCUGGGGUCGGGCUCGCCGGAGGUGCAGUUCACUACUGCCCAGUUCAUGGAGCGUCGACAGCAACCUGUUCGCCAUCUUUGAAUCCUACUCAACUUAGUGCCGAAACAAGAUCUUGA